AAAGCAAUUCAAAAGGCCUAAACAAUUUUGCAGUACAGCUGCCCUUAUGAUCUUUAAACAUGAUUUUUAUAAAUCGAAAACUCUUGCAUUUAAAACUUGCGUAGAUUUUUUGCAGCAAGGUAAAGAUCUUACAAACCUUGUUGCAAGGUAGAUGUAGCACAAAUAGUCCAUCAUGACCAGAGUUGAAUGAUCUACAGUUCCACCUAGAGCCAUUUAUAGAUAUUGCAGCAAAACAUUUCUGUUGAAUUCAGUAUGAAGUAUUGACACGAUGUUCUUAAGAAUGUGCUGAAAUGAAAUGCAAAAUUAAAUCUUAACAUACAUGUUCAAUAGAUCUAGUAGGACUUUUUGGGUAACUUAAACGCGCUUUCUUCGGCAAUGGAGUCGACAUUUCGAUAUGGAGACACCUGGACACGGCGUGAUCCCUGGAAUGACGUUGUUUUUGUGUACACAGUCGCAGAGUAGUUGCUAUUGGCAACAUAUUCGGUGAUAGGUGAAUCCCAGCCGAGGAAACGAGCAGCGGCGUUCAAGUUAUAAAUCAUCGUCCAUUCAGUAGGCUAAAUAAACUACUAAAGAAGCUGUUUACAUUGUUGAUACAGCAAUUUGCACUACCAUGCGCAUGCGACAGUUGUGAAUACUAUAGCCAUAUAGUCAUAUUUUUAUUGUGAGCUAAUGUUUGUUACCAAACUGGCGCAUUCGCGUUGAUGGAAUGAUUCUGCAGGAACAGCUUGGGCGAGGAGAGCAGUAUAAUGGACAAGUAUGAGAAUUUAGGGUUGGUGGGAGAGGGGAGCUACGGCAUGGUCAUGAAGUGCAGGAACAAAGAUAAUGGCAGAAUUGUGGCUGUGAAGAAGUUUCUGGAGAGCGAGGAUGAUAAAACGGUGAAAAAAAUAGCUUUGCGAGAAAUAAAGAUGCUGAAGCAACUUAGACAUGAGAAUUUAGUAAACCUGCUGGAAGUGUGUAAGAAGAAGAGGCGGUGGUAUCUGGUGUUUGAGUUUGUGGACCGGACCGUUUUAGACGAUUUGGAACAGUACCCAAAUGGACUGGACUGCGGCAGGGUUCGCAAAUACCUGUUUCAGAUCCUCAGAGCCAUCAAAUUCUGCCAUCAGCACAAUAUCAUCCACCGUGACAUUAAGCCGGAGAACAUUCUGGUGUCUCAGUGCGGUGUGGUCAAGCUGUGCGACUUCGGCUUUGCGAGGACGAUGGCCGCUCCCGGGGAGGUCUACACGGACUACGUGGCCACCCGGUGGUACCGCGCCCCAGAGCUCCUGGUGGGAGACACGAAGUACGGGAAGGCCGUGGAUGUGUGGGCGAUCGGUUGCCUGUUCAUGGAGAUGCUGACGGGGGAUCCUCUGUUUCCUGGGGAUUCAGACAUUGAUCAGCUUUAUCUCAUCAUGAGGUGCUUCGGAAACCUAACCCCCAGACAUCAGGAGCUUUUCUAUAAGAACCCCGUCUUUGCCGGCGUUAGUUUGCCCGAGGUUCCUGAGAAGGAACCGCUGGAGAAGCGGUUUCCCAAGCUCUCCUUCGCCGUGUCCGACUUAACAAAGAAGUGCCUGCAGAUUGACCCGGAUAAGAGGCCGUCCUGCUCAGACUUACUGCAGCACGAGUUCUUCCUCAAAGACGGCUUUCCUGCCAGGUUCACUCAGGAGCUGAACUCCAAGAUUCAGAAGGAUCUUCAAGACAAUCCUUCCUUGCCUAAAAUGUCAAGGAUUUCAAAAAAGGACAAGGAAGACUCUUCAGUGGAUGAGAAGACAGUGACUUGCAGGGACUCUAAUGUGAAUGCCAAAGCUAAAGAGGGCAAGCAGGAGGUCCGAGCUGCCAAGGCCUCAGAGCCCAGAGAGGAGUGUGAGAAAGCAGGAAUUCUGGGUAAAAACAGGCCGGAAGACGCAGAAAAGGCCUCAGAGGGCGGGGCCAACCUGGCGAAACCUCCACCGGGGAAAGAUUUGAACCCGGAGCCCCUAAAGGCCACUGCCACCUCUGUGAUACCGCCCAUAUCCCACAAUCCUCUAGCCAUUAUCACCAACGGCCUUAUCAUGGGCGUGGGGGCGGGGCCUGCAGCAGGGCCGCUCGGCCUACGGGCCAUCGACAAGGUGAAAAGGCAUGGAAAUAUAUUUAAUAGAAUGUCACAACAGUCCUCUAAUCUCUACAACGGAAACAUCUCUGGGAAGAUUGCCUGUGAAAAGAGCGUCAUCCACGAGCGUUCCUUUCUGUCCGAGAGAGCGGGCAACGGAGGCAAGAAGAAAGGGGAGAAUCUGAGGGCAGACGUUCACUUUCCUGAGCUGAAAACCGGACUUCUGCCCGAGCUCAGAGGAGCUGAAGGCAAACAGUCAAAGACAACCAAAAAAGAACACAAGAAAGAUUGCCGCAUACCUUCAAUCAAUGCCAUGGAUGUCCAUUCUAGUGGGGCCCUGUGACAGCAUCUGUUUGGCAUUCCGGUUUCAGAUUUCUGCAAAGCACAGAGGCCAGGUUCCAUGGAGCCGAUCUUUAAUGGUGAGACGUGUGUACCUAUACAUGUGCUUAUGUAUAACUGUAAAGUGCUGCUGCAUAUCAGAUAUUACAGCGUAAGAUUAAUGAAGCAAUAAAUUAAUACUGAAGUACAUUAAGAUGUGAAGAAAAAAUGUGAAGAAAAAAAAAUGUGAACGGUGUUAUUCCACCCCUGUAUGGGAUUCAUUCUUUUAUGUAUAGUAAUCUGUAAUUCACUAUUUCAAAUGUAUAUGUGUGUUCUUUGCUCAGUAUGUUAACUGUUGAUUUAUUCUGAUACUGAGUAUAGGCAAAUACAUUACAUUUUUAUAGACGCACUUACUGUUCAUUUUUAUAGACACUGCAUACUUCAGUAUUGCACUGAAUUAAAUUGCAUUGAAGCACAACAAAAAAAUCAAGGCACAAAUAAUUUCAAAUUUUAUAAUUUAUAUAAAAAGAUAAGUACAUAGUUUAGGAAAGUAUCUGUUCCUUUUGUAGGAUAAAUAUAUUUUUAAGAAUCAGUGAGUCCUAGUUGGGAAAAAUGAUUAAAUGUGCCCAUAUGUUUAUGGAGGUAAUUCUUUAUGAAGAUUUAAAUAAUACUUUAAAAAGGACUUUAAAAGCAUUUCACAAUAUUGCCUUCUGAACUGAAUGUGCUGUUUUAAAUAAUCAUUUUAUAAAAUAGUCACUGAGCAUUAAAUGGGUAUUUAAUACAAAUUUGUUGUAAAAUAUGUUUUUUUUGCAAUGAACUGUGGCUUAUACAUAUUAAAUGUAAAACUAAAUCAUUUAAAAUGUCUGUCAAAACUUUCAAAAUGGAUGUGAUUUGCAUAUUAUAAUGGAAUGGUAUCGUGGCUUGUUUGGCUUUAUAGGAAACUGUGAAGUAAGCGAGCCUGCCACCAGUUUGGUUUUAUAAAAGGCCUUCUGAUCAGACCACA